AAUCUUUUAAUUACUCAAUUUGUGAAACAUUCAUAAUAUAAUGAAUGCUAUUGUCGGUCUAUGUCACUUUUGUGAAGCUCAUGGACCAAGACCGUUAUUCUGUACGUUUUCAACUGACGAUGAGAUUCACACAACUGAGUCAUCGAAUUUCUCGGUACAGUGUAGUGGUUGCACUUCUGUAGGACCAGAAACGGUUUUAGUAUCGAGAGACGCUGAUGGAACGAUAUUCUGCAGCAGAGAAUCGGUCCCUAACGAUGAUGUUACUGCGUUUUUAAGACAGGCGGCUUUACGAAGUAUAACUUGUGAAGUGAGUUGGAGCAAAGAAGGUGGUGUAGUUUACUUCAGUGACACACAUGGCCAUGUACUAAGUCUAAUGUUUCAUCUGAAAGACACAAGGGCGAGAGGCCUUCAACGAUUAUUCUCUAUAGUGGUUCUGAUGAAAGAUAAAAUGUUACUCCUUAAUAUAACGCCAGUUUUAUCUGAUCAUAUGAAGCAAAUAGCAAAAGAGCUUCAACAAUUAGCGGAUACAGUGUAUGAUAAUGAACAAAGCAUCUGCUCCCAAAGAGCACUAAGACUAAAUACAGGGAGGAAUGACUUUGGCCAGUCUAGAUCCCUGACACAGCUUACAGGAGAUGAUGAUAUUUUUAAUAAACUUCACUCUCAUUUCACUUGGAUGCUUAGAACAGGUGCCACUACUUAUUCAGAAACUCUGUACACAAGUCAAGAUUUAUUACAAAAAUUAAACCCACAAAUGAUGAAAGGCACAAUAUUUGAUGAAAAUACUUUUUCGUUGAUUGAGAAUGAUGGUACUAUACCUUUGAGAGAAUUAGAAAAUUUACUGACAAGUGCUGUGUUUAGGAUUUUUUUAUAUUGUGUUUUGACUGGAAUAAAAACUGAAGUUAAAUGUAAACAAACCGACCCAGAAAAAAUUAUAAAUACUUUUUCUAAAUUAUUACCAUGUACAAAUGAACAGGCUAGGCGUUAUAUUAAAGUAAUAGAUCUUUCUCAAGCAACGCAAACACCAGAUUUAUGUCUUUUAGAAGAAACAGACGACAAUAAAUUCACUUGCAAAUGGAAUGGAACUAUUCCAAGUAAAUGUCCCACGUUGAUGAAUAAAAUAGUAAAUGCUAUGUCAAAUACGAAAUUCAAUGAUGUAGUAUUACAGCAACAUAUAAAAUCAUUGACUGUGGAGUGGUUAGGGAUUGCUAAAACAAUAAAAAAUGCUGUACAGUGCUCUGGUAAACAAGAUGCAAUCAAUACGUUAAAACGAGUAUUAGGAGUGACACCACAAGAUGAAUGUUUAGUCAAUUAUUGGUCACAGGCAUAUUGUUAAGUUUAUUGUGAUAUUCUGUAACAGCAGUAUUUUACAAGUAUAUUUACAAAUUGUUAAUAAAUAUUGUUGAAGAUU